AUGGAGGCUCCGUAUGAUGGCACUGAAGUAACUGUGGUAAUGGAGGAAAUAGAGGGCACUUACACUUACGCAUCACCAGUGCCGUCUAAGAAGAAAAAGAAAUAUAAAAGUACUGGCGAUCAUGGAGAAAAAGCCAAAAAGCCUAGGUCUGCUUACCUCCUCUACUAUUACGACAUUUACUUGAAAGUACAGCAAGAGCUCCCCCACCUCCCUCAAUCUGAAAUCAACAAAAAGAUCAGUGAGAGCUGGAGGUUGCUCAGUGUGGCUGAAAAAAGCUAUUACUUGGAGAAAGCCAAGCUAGAGAAAGAGGGAUUGGACCCGAACUCCAAGGUGUCCGCUCGAACUGCAGUAGUUCCAGACAUUCCAGGUUUCCGUAAGAUUCUUCCUCGCUCAGACUAUAUAAUUAUUCCCAAAACCACUCUUCAAGAGGACAGGAGCAGGCAGUCGCUGGAACUGUGUGUGACACAGGGUCAGGCAGCGUCCGAAGGGUUAACAGCUUCCACCAAUAUCACAAAUGUCUCCCGUGAUGCUGUGCAAAACAUCCUUUCUGUGGACUCGAGCCACGUUGGCAUUUCUGAGCAGUGCAUCGCCAUCGAAGGACUAGCGGAAGAGACUGCUUCCUUUGGUCAGCCGGAUGCUGUGGAAGAAGUGGUUGCGUCAGAGGUUCUUUCUCACUAUGUUGGGCCUGUGACAGACAAAGUGGCUGGAGAUAUCCUCUUGGAUGAGGCUUCUUUGGAAAUAGAAGGGCAACCGUAUCAGACAGCUCGGGUAGUUAUUGAAGAGACUCUAGUUAGCAGCUCCGCAGACAUCUCCAACGGGAGCAUCGCUGUGGCCCGUCCUCAGGUUUCAGAUGGUGUGUCUGUGGUGACUGUGGUGACUGGGAAGGAUACUGAAGAGAGUAGCUCCUCCACACCCGCUACACAGUUUAUUAUGUUACCUUUGCCAGCUCAUUCCAUUGUGGAGAACCCAGCAUCGAUUAAAUUGACAACCACCUAUACUCGCAGGGGACAUGGAAAUUGCACCAAUCCUGGCUGUUCCUUCACUUAUGUCACCAGGCAUAAGCCACCAAAAUGCCCGACAUGUGGGAACUUCCUGGGAGGGAAAUGGAUCCCAAAGGAAAAGCAACCAAAAAGCAAAUCUGAGCCAAAUUCAGGCACGUCUCUUAGAACUCCGGCAGCUAAAAGAGGUCAGCAGUCAGUAUUCACAGAACCAGCAGCUGUUAGCGAGAGUACCUCCAAAUCCGCCUUGGAAAGCUCUGAAGCUGUCAGCCAGCUGCUGAAUGCUGUGCCUGUUGGAGGGCAAAUGCACGAGACGGAGUGGAAGGAAGUGAUCAUCUCUGAGGCUCACAUUCUUGCAAACAAUGUGCUUGCUGAAGACAGAGGGAGUGCUGUUGGAGUGAUGCUGGGUCAAGAGAGCCAACGGCAAGGAGACUCUUCUUCGGAGCAGGCAGAAAAAGAUAGCGUAGGGCUGGGGAUGCCACCGCCUUCUGAGGUGCCGAGUCCAAAUGCCUCUGCAAAAAAGCCAAUGGGAAUUGAUGCUCCAGCUGCUACACACAAAGGACAAGAAGUAAAGAGUAAACCAAGACCUAAGCCCUCCUUGCUGGCUGCAGCAAGACCCAUGCGAGCCAUUCUGCCCGCACCAGCCAGUGUGGGGAGAGAAGCCAGCACUGAGCAGCCUAGCAACAGACAGACCUUUGCAAAUACCGACAAGCAUUCCCCUGUGAGGACAUCAGGCUUGAAGCCCAGUACGCUGAAACAAUUGGGCCAGUCGAUUCUGCAGCCACCAAGUGCUGAGGAGCGAAAGCUCCACAGUGCUUUGACCAGCAGGGCAUCUCAGGUUAAAGUAGUGGAGGUCAAACCAGACAUAUUCCCUUCCUACAAGUACAGCUGCACCGUAACUUUGGAUUUGGGAUUGGCAACAUCACGUGGCAGAGGGAAAUGCAAGAACCCCUCUUGUAGUUAUGUGUAUACAAACAGGCACAAGCCACGAAUCUGUCCAAGCUGCGGAUACAAUCUUGCCAAAGACAGAGCUGAGAAAACAGCAAAAUCCCUGGAGGUCAGUCCAGGUCAGUCUGAUGUGCUGAACACCAGCGAGCCCCUAACCCCAUCCCAGAAAGAGAUCCAGCGUCAAUCCACCCUGCAGUUGCUGCGCAAGGUAAUGCAGAUCCCAGAGAAUGAAUCGGAACUGGCCGAGGUCUUCACGCUCAUCCAUGAACUCAACAGUUCGCGGCUCAUCCUGUCCAACGUGAGUGAGGAGACAGUCACCAUAGAGCAGACCUCCUGGUCAAACUACUAUGAGUCUCCAUCUGCGCAGUGCCUCCUCUGUAACAGCCCAUUGUUCAAAGGGGGACAGAAUUCCCUUGCUGGUCCGCAGGAGUGCUGGCUGCUGACAGCUAAUAGAUUACAGGUGGUUACAGCUCAGGUCAAAGUGUGCUUGAACCUGCAGUGUCUGGCCCUCCAUAGCUUCACCGAUAUUUACACAGGCCUUUUUAAUGUGGGUAACAAGUUGCUAGUGAGCUUGGAUCUUCUGUUUGCAAUCCGAAACCACAUUAAACUUGGAGAGGAUCCCAGAGUGGCUGUUGGCAAUAUUCUCGACUCUGUUCGGGAGCAUACUGAAAAAAGCCUGAGCCCUGAUGAGCAGGUUCAGCUCCAGGAACUGCUGUGCAACGGCUACUGGGCCUUUGAAUGCCUAACAGUCCGGGAUUACAAUGAUAUGAUCUGUGGAAUCUGUGGCAUAACCCCCAAGGUGGAAAUAGCCCAGAGGAAUGUGGAAAAUGUCCUGGCGCUGAAAAAUAUAGAGUUUACUUGGCCAGAAUUCUUGCCAUCAAGUGAAGUGAAUGUAGAAGACUUUUGGUCCACGAUGGAGACAGAGGUGAUUGAGCAGGUGGCUUUUCCUUCUAGCAUCCCCAUCACAAAGUUUGAUGCCUCUAUUGUUGCUCCUUUUUUCCCUCCACUGAUGAGAGGAGCGAUGGUGAUCAAUACUGAGAAGGACAAGAACCUGGAUGCACAGCCAGUGCCAGGUAAUGGGAGUGCCUUGGUGAGGCUCCUUCAGGAAGAAAACUUCAGGCUUGAGCUGAUAAGCUCUUACAGCGAGGAAGAGCUGCAGAGCUUUCUGACACAGUGUGGCAUCCCCUGGGAGGCUUCAGAUACAAAGGACCAGCUCUGCUACUCCCUCCUGGCUCUCUAUGAGUUUGUACAGAAUGGGACAAGCAUCACACAAGCCUCUGCUCAUCACACAGGAGGGAAAAUCUACAAAGUGUGUCCACAUCAGGUUGUGUGUGGCUCAAAGUACAUAGUAAGAGGAGAAAAUGCCCGGGAUCAUGUGGACUUGUUGGUUUCCUCACGUCACUGGCCUCCAGUGUAUGUCGUUGAUACAGCCUCUUCAGUGGCACUGUGCGCAGACAUCUGCUGUCCUGGCCUGACUUCCCAGAUGUGGGGGAAAAACCAGGGCUGCUUCUCUGACCCCAUGGAUCCUCCAACGUAUGUGUCCUGCCCUGAACUGCUAGACCAGCACUACAGCGUAGACAUGACCGUGGCUGAGCACUCUGUUCAGCACCCAAUCACCAAGUCGUCGGCACGCCGAAUCGUUCACACGGGUUCGGAGCAGAACAACCACCAAGAUCCAACGGCUCGGCAUCACUGCAUCUCCCUGUGCCGAGAGCUGGAGCCUUACAGCGCCAUCAUCGCUGCUAUCAACGACAGCAAAACUAGCAACAUCCGCCAAAGGCCCAUCACCUUCGAGAACGCCACGCACUAUUACCUCUACAACCGCCUCAUGGACUUUCUCACCAGCAGGGAAAUUGUGAAUCGGCAGAUCCAGGAGAUCGUACAGAGCUGCCAGCCUGGGGAGGUGGUAAUUCGCGAUGCUCUCUACCGGCUCGGAGUGGCCCAGAUUAAAACAGAAACAGAAGAGGAUGAAGAGGGGAAGCAGGAGGAUGAUAGAGGUUGCUGAGUAACAAAACAGCGUGUUGGUUUCUUUCUCUGGUCGUGUGGAUGGGUGGGCUGAGCCAGUUUCUUCAAGGCUUGGGCAGCUGUCUGGCUUGAGAGUUUAUUUUUACAGGUUGGAGAUGUGAUGCCGGUGGCUUUGACUGCUGUUAAUGACCAAAGAGCUGUGUGCUUCCAUAGUGUCAUGAUAGCUGCUGUGAGCGUGGGUCUGUCACCCCCCUUGCUGAAGGCUGCACCUGCCUCCCGAGGUGUGCGAUGGACCCACUGUUCAGUGGUGUGAAAUGUUGCCCUCCCUGCAGCUGGCGAGUGGAGAAGGGAGAGGCAUUUCUGGUAGCGGGGAGUAUGCAUGGUCAAGCGCGCAGGUGUUUUAAUUCUGAAUCUUGCUUGCUGACUUCUUUGUGCGUAUUGGUUGCAGGGCUGGGGGUGAGGGAGCAGGCAUGAAAGGCAGACAGCUAAGAUGGUUUCCCCCAAAACGUUCUGAAUAGAUUAGUUUAGGACACUGAUGCCUGCUUGGAAAUCUUGCAGAGCUCUCAUAUGCAUUGGCUGCGAGGAGUCUUUAGUCAAGGAGGCGGAGGAGCCAUGUAGCUUUAACGCGCCGUAUCUGGGGAGCCCCCCUGGAGGCUGCGCUCCUGGGUCCAGGAUUGUGGGUGCUUCGGCUGCAGAAAGUUUCUAGAAUUGUUUGUCCCUUCGCAUGAGCACUAAUAACUUAGAAGCUGAAACAUACAGUGAGUGAAAAGUGUUCUGUAUGUUAAGGUAAGACUUGACCGGGUGAGCCCCAGGGGAACCAAGCUCGUUGGAGGGCUGUGUGAGCGCUGUGUAAGGUGGUGACUGUGGAAAGGGGAAGGACACUCAAAAUUUCUGUGUCGUCCCUUGAACGCUUUUUUGUUUUUUUAGCAGUUCUAUUCUGUUCAAGGACUUGCAUUUCUGUUGUCCUGCCCUUAGAACAGGAUCACAAAGACUGUCUGUGGGAUCAAGGAGAAACGAUGAAUGCAGUGUCACCAGAGCGAGCAGGGGUUGGUAUUCCGCCCUCAGAGGAGGCGCUGGGAGAGCUGCAUCCACGUGUGCAAUCUCGGCACUCUGUCAGGUGUCGUUUUUGCCCUGCCCGUGUCCGCACAGCGCUGUGUGGGUUAGAGAAGUCUCAUGCUGCCCAGGGUGCUUUAUCAGCUCCUUGAGAGGAGUUGGGCUGGGACCUCCCUGUCCCUACAGCGCGUCCGAAGAACACCUUGGGCUACGGUUGUAAAGCUACGUGCGUCGCCUGCUGCCGGCUCCCUUUGCUAUUGCUGGUGAUGAAAGUGAAGGUGGAUGGGUGUUUGCUGUGAGCCGCAGAGGAGAGCAGCGGGAUGCUAGACUGCUAAGUGGCCAUCCAGGGAGUUUACUUUGUCCGAGCGAGCAGCGGGGAAGAUUCAGAAGCUUGCGGUGUGGUUGAAAACUCCCUUCUGUGAAGGGGAACCUAUUGAGUACCGUACUGUUAAAGUAAAUGUAUUAAGUCUGAGCAAAUGCAGUAAUGAUGGCUUGGGGUUUUUCUGUUAAGAACAUUAACUUAUUAUAAGAGACAUUAGUGACUUUUUUCAGUCAGUGAUAAAGUUUAAUAAAUUAUCUCCAAUUUUUGGGGUGAAACUGUGGCCAA